UAGAAGGUGCACUUUUUUCAGUGAUUGCAAUGUAGUUUGGAUAUAGUAGUUACUUCGUUUGUGAUAACAAUAUUUUGUUUAUCGAAUUAUUUAAUAAUAUUACUUAAAAUUAAUUAUCACCGUGGAGUCCAAACAUUUUAACAUGAGACGAGCUCAUUCAAGUUAUGGCUACGAACCACUGCCUAGUACAUCAUCUAAUUCAUUAGAAGAAGAAAAUGACCGUAUGACCGAUGAAUUAAAAGACAAGAUACAUGCACUAAAAUCAUUGUCCAUUGAUAUUGGUACAGAGGUUAAAUAUCAAGAUAAAAUGCUACGUGACAUGGAUGAUGAUUUUGAAAGAACAAGUGGAUCUCUUUCUCGAUCAGUUACAAGAGUGCUCAGGAUGGCUAAAGGAAGUCAGAACUAUUAUAUAGUAUAUUUAUUUUUUUUUUCAAUAGGUAUAUUUUUUUUCUUGUGGAUUUUUUUUAAGUUUAAAUGA